AAUAAGGGUAUUAAGACAGUCAUAUUUUCCUCCAAAGCGCCUCCCUCUUUGAACUCCUCGGCCAAUGCUUUCUCGUUCUGUCUCCUUACCAUAAUCAUUGGAAAGACGAUAUCCUCUUCUUCGCCGAUUGCCGGGGUCGGUUAACGCCAUAUUCGACCGGAUAACUAAGUUCCGUCGAUAUAUCUUCCGGCUAGCUUUUUUUUCGUCAUUUUACUUUUGUCUCUCUCAAAAGAUGGCGUCUGAGGACGUGAAAAGGAGCGAGUCGGCUGUCACGACGAUUGUGAAUCUGGCGGAAGAAGCGAAGUUCGCUAAGGAAGGAGUUCAAGCGCCGAGCCACGCGUUCCUUAGUAUUUGCAAGUCUCUAGUCGCUGGUGGUGUCGCCGGUGGAGUGUCACGUAGUGCUGUUGCCCCCCUAGAAAGAUUAAAGAUUUUACUUCAGGUGCAGAAUCCGCAUGGUAUAAAAUACAAUGGAACAAUCCAGGGUUUAAAAUAUAUAUGGAAAACCGAGGGUUUUAGAGGAAUGUUUAAAGGCAAUGGUACUAAUUGUGCUCGCAUCAUCCCAAACUCAGCCGUGAAGUUUUUUAGCUAUGAGGAAGCAUCUAAGGGGAUUUUAUACCUUUACCGGCAGCAAUCAGGAAUUGAGGAUGCUCAACUCACGCCACUUCUACGCCUUGGAGCUGGUGCAUGUGCUGGAAUCAUUGCCAUGUCAGCCACUUAUCCAAUGGAUAUGGUACGAGGUCGUCUAACUGUCCAGACCGAGAUGUCACCUCGCCACUAUAGAGGAAUCUUUCAUGCUCUUACUACAGUCUUGUGGGAAGAAGGACCUCGUGCUUUGUACAAAGGCUGGUUACCUUCAGUAAUAGGAGUUGUACCCUAUGUAGGUCUUAACUUUGCGGUUUAUGAAUCUCUGAAAGACUGGUUGAUCAAAAGGAGACCAUUUGGGCUAGUUGAGGACUCUGAAUUAGGUGUCACAACAAAGCUGGCAUGUGGAGCUGCUGCUGGAACCGUUGGCCAGACAGUUGCUUACCCUCUUGAUGUCAUUCGACGUAGAAUGCAGAUGGCGGGCUGGAAAGAUGCAGCUUCAGUUGUCACUGGUGAUGGGAAUAGCAAGGCUCCCCUUGAAUAUACUGGUAUGGUUGAUGCAUUCAGGAAAACAGUUCGGUAUGAGGGUUUUGGAGCAUUAUACAAGGGUUUGGUUCCCAAUUCAGUGAAGGUGGUUCCAUCGAUAGCAAUUGCAUUCGUCACAUACGAGUUGGUGAAGGAUGUUCUUGGGGUUGAGUUAAGGAUAUCUGAUUGAAGGAUUAUUCGAUUUUUGGUUGAUAUUCAGUUUAUUUUAGUGGUGAGGAAUUGCUGUGAAUUUAGGUGGUUAUUUAGCUAUGUUACUUUUGUUAUUCGAAAUAGCACAUAUUUAAAUAUAAAUAUAGAGGUAUGAUGUGUGAAAUAUAUGAAAAAGCUUAGGAGAAAAGCAUAAUGGUGUCAGAUAUGUAUCAGUUUUUGAAAUUUACCUGUCCGAGUAACAUCUACUUUUAGAGUCUGUAUAAAUUUCUUCAGCAUCACAUGUGCUGUGGCAAUGACGUUAGGAAAUGGUGCUGCUAGAAUACGCUCUGUCAGAUUACCUUUUUUGGAAGUUAUUGCCAAGUUGUAGUAGUGAUGAUUAUUAAAUAAGACAUCACAUUUAAGUUUUAACUUUAAAAUAUAGAUAUUUAUGUUACUCAGAUUUUUACAAUAAAAUAUAUGAUUUGGGCACCUA